AUGAAAGGAGAAGGGAUGUUUAUAAUAUCUCUUUUGCAAGACACUCUUAGUGUCGACCCUUCUCUCCUUGGGAGGCCUCUAGAGCCCGUAUUGAGAGAAACCAUCGCCCUGAAGUAUACAAACAAAGUGUUGAAAGACUUGGGGUUGUUUGUUUGUCUUUAUGAAAUAACAGAGGUUACGGGCGCCCCCAUUCUCCCCUCUACAGGAAAAGCUCGAUACAUUGUUUGCUUCAAAGCCGUAAUAUUUAGACCCUUCAUCGGCGAGGUGCUGCAAGGCAUCGUCCGCGAGUCUUCUUCUUCUGGCAUUGCUGUGGAUAUGGAGUUUUUCAAGGAUGUGAAGAUUCCCGCAUCGAAUUUGCGGGAGCCGAAAGCAUGCGAAGAAACAACAACAGCAGCAGCAGCAGCAGCAGCAGCAGCAGCAGGUGCAGCAGCAGACACAGCAGCAGCAGCAGCAGCAGCAGCAGCAGAAAAAGAAGGAAAAACAAAUGCUGCUGCUGCUGUGUGGUCUUGGUGUUUUGAGGGGCAUCGACUAACAUAUGAUUUGGGGGCCCCCAUUCGCUUCAGGGUUUCUGAUGUUGUUUUUGCAAAAGAAGAAACAGCAGCUCAGAAGAAAUAUGCUCUUGUUGCAAACGAGGAGACGUAUAUACCGCCGAUGGUUAUUAUUGGAGAGGCAAAUGCUGAUGGGCUUGGCAUGCUGUCUUGGUGGCAGUAA